AGAGGCGGAGUUUUCCCCUCCGUCGUCGACGUGCAGGCGGACGAGCAGCAGCAGCAGCAUCAGCAGCAGGCAGAGGGCAGCAGGCUGGUUCUAUCAUCAUCCUGAGUGGAUCAGAGGAACGACAUCAUCAUCACCAUCAUCCACCAUCCACACCGACAAGGACAACCGCUCCUCCUCAUACCGCACAGGGAAAGGACAUUUUAUUUUGAACAAAGGUAGAAAAUCGCAUCGACAGUGACAAGAUGUUGGCCUGUACAGAGAUGAUCACCAUGUGUCUUCAGUCUGCCAAACACGAACACCUGAGAAAGCAGCAGGAGCUGGACCACAACAAAAAUCAAGGCAUUUCUCUGGUUCAGGAUAUAUUACGCCGGGCUGACAAAAAUGACGACGGGAAGCUGUCCUUGGAGGAGUUCCAGUCGUACUUCACUGAUGGUAUCCUCACUGAUGAGCAGAUGCAGGAGCUGUAUUACUCCAUCGGAAGGCAGCAGACAGACAACCUGGACAUAGACAAACUCUCAGCAUACUUCACGCCACAUCUGGGAGAAUACGUCAAUGUACUGUCGGCUCUGGAGAAGCUGAACGUGGCCAUUUUAAAGGCAAUGGAUAAAACUAAAGAGGAGUAUCAGGGUUCAUCAGUGCUGGGCCAGUUUGUGACCCGCUUCCUGCUGAGGGAGACCUCCACCCAGCUGCAGUCACUCCAGUCAUCUCUGGACUGUGCUAUGGAUGCUGUCCACGACCAGGGCUGCACAGGGAGGAGGGUAAUAAAGAAGCCAGAGGACCUGCCCAUCCAGAGGGCAGCUAAACGCCCCAGCCGACGCAUCCAGAAGAACAUGUGUCUUUCCCCUACUGACCCCUACUCUGGAAUGCUCACCACAGGAGUCAGUGUGGAGCCAGACAACCACUGGGGCUCCCAGAUCAACCAGCUGGAGCAACUCAUAGACAAACUAGAGUGUGAGAGUCCACACCUUGAGCCACUCAAAGAGGACACAUUGGCAGGGACGUAUAAAUCGAACAUUCUCCUGGUCCAGAGGCAAAUGUUAGUGAAGGAGAGGGAUGUGGAGCAGUUUCAACAAGCUCUUAAAAUCUACACAGAUGCCACCUGCAGCCAGCUAAACAACCUGCACGUUUCAGUCCAAAACCUACCAGACAGAUCAUGCUUCAUCAUGUAUGAGUUUUGGCAGGACCGUCUCUCCUGGAUGAGCUACCUGCAGUCAUCCAUCAGUAAGACCUUCCAGCAAUGCAUUAUCGAUGCGCUGGAAGAUCCUGAGAUGGUCUCCACCAUGCUCCUCCCAGCCUCUUGGUGGAUUAUGAACAACAACUGACAGAUUGAAGCUGCUGCUGUUCAACACAAUAAAGAGCAGGAGGCAGAGGCGGUUUUAUGAUUGUUUGUAAUCUUUUACUUUCUUUGUUAUCCACUUUUUCUUCAUGGCAUGACUAGGAUUGUUUUGUCAAAAUUUGCUCUGAGGUUCUAAAAAAGACGACCGCUUGGAAAAUUCAGUCAACAUUGAAACAAGUUGGAGAGAACUGAGGUAUGCAAUAUUUGAUUUUGUAAUCAGGAUCUGUGUCAACAUAAACUUGACAGAAUUGGCACAAGUUCUUCUGAUUUGGCGGAAAAGUAAGUGCAUGGUUUGUUAUUUCUUAGUGCUAGUUUAUUUUCAUCAGAGCUCCAUCUUAGAAUAGAUUUAGUGUCAGUGAAGCCACAAAAAUAAAACAUGAAUGCCACCUGAUCAGUCCAUCCUUCACUUUCCAUCACUUUUUCCUGAGUACAGACAAAAACAGAAACAGUGCUCAGACUCUCCUGCAUUUCUCCUUGUUCUCUAUGUGGUAUUGUGCUUUGUUGUCUCCUUCAAAGCUUUGCUACCCAACGUCUUUUUAGUUGAUGGGACAGACAGACGUCAGAACUUAGGUGUAGAGAAUAUUGAGCCCUAUCUUUUAUCAUCCGUGUGUCACUCCUGCACUUUUAAAAAAACAUGAAACAUGGACCUAAAUGUGAGAAAAAUAUUAUUUAUUGUAGACUGUCUAUGGAAAAUGUAGAUUUAACUGCUGUUGUGAUAAGCCAAAAGCUGCACUGAAGUGCAGUGAGACGUUAGAAGAGACACAAGUUACCAAAUAAUUCUGCAGUCUGCCUGAACUGUUACUCUAGAAAUAAAUUCAAAAGCCAUUAUUUGACAUUUGUAAUGUGUAAUAAGAAGAGAUUAAAGAUACAGCACACAUAGAAGUUUAUAUUUUGAGUACAGAAACAAAGUAGAAGUUGUAGAUUAGAGAGUCCAUCUAUGAAGAUUGUGUACAGUAGCUAAAGAAAGCUGUAAGUUGUAAGUAAUAGUUGUAGAACAAAGCUCAAUGUACAGUCUGAUAGUUUGUUGAGAUUUGGUUUCUCUGUUAAUGAGAGGAUGAACAUAUUCACUCUUUCUUUGAGGUGUUUAUCAUUCUUUUAUGAAGACUUUACAGUUGUUGUGUGAUGCUAUGUUUGUUUUCUGGCAUGUAAUAAAGUUCAUGACUUGUUGAUGACA